GCAGGAUUCGCCAACGGCUUGGAUGGGGCGGAGCCAGUUGCUAGGAAGCAGGAUUUAUGCCAAUUAAAAACGUCUUCUUCUCGGUUUUGGCUGGUGAUGGAGCGUCUCUGGUAACGGGAAUCCUCUGGACCAACUGACUCGGAUAUAAUAGAGAAAAUGACUGCUGGCUCAAUUUGUGUUCCUCAGAUUAUCCCAUUAAGAGUCCCUUGUCUAGGAAAAAAUAAACAUGAAAUAACCACCAAUACACUUAUAGGAAUGAAAUCAGAUACCACAGAUGUAAACAUAUAUUACACCUUGGAUGGCAGCAAACCUGAACUAUUAAAGAAAAAAGGAUAUGGUGAAAAUAGCACUUUUAAGUAUACAAGACCAAUCACUCUUCCUGAUGGGAAAAUACAAGUUAAAGCUAUGGCAGUCUCUAGAGACUGCAGGGAAAGUGGCAUCGUAACAAAAAUAUUUCAGGUAGACUAUGUGCCACCAGUUAUGACUUCCUUUGGAGAAUACAAGGCUGAAAAUUUUCUCAAAAACCUUGUAAAGCAGGAAUCAAAAAAUGGCAUUUUGGACUCAAACCUUGAAGGAAGACAUAUAUAUGAUGAAAAUAAACUUGGUCAUAAUGCUGAAAUUAAACAAUUUCAAGACUUCAAAGGAGGGGAUAGAACUGAAAACAAAUCUUUAGAGGUUUGUCUAUCCCCAGAAAGUCCUGUGGAAACCCCAUCUUACCUAGAAGAAACAGGUUUUACACAAACCAAGUAUCCCAAGCAAACUAAUUCAUCGUACAUGAAUGGCCAGAAGAAGGUGACCAAUGCCCAGGUCCUGAGAAUUAACAAAGCAACAAACUUUCUCAAGUGUACAAAUUGUUUAACUACUCGCCCAUCUGAUCCUUUUGUUAUUUUUUGUCAAGAAUGUGGUACUGCUAUUCCACCUAUGUUUGGUCAACACAUUCCACCUACAGAAGGAGCUCAGAUGAGAAUAUGUGUUGAAUGCAGAACCAUGGUACCAGUGAAUGCUCCUAUGUGUAUUGUAUGUGAGGCCCCUUCUGCUCCACAGCCACAGACUCAGGCCAACAUUCAUUUAAAGGGUAAGGGAAUCUGCUGUUUUUGUGGAACUGGAAACCCUGCUCCCUUUAAGCACUGUGUAACCUGUGAGAGCCACCUGCCUGAAACAUAUGGGCCAAUAUUCACUGGAGAAACAUCUCCAUCUCUUAUCAAUCAGAAGACAACCAUCAUUUCCUGUUCAAAAUGUGGUCGUAGGAAUCGUUGUGAUGCACGUUUUUGUGACUGGUGUGGAGCUCAGCCUACUGCGCCAUCCUGCUAUUCCACUUGUACUAAAUGCAGAGCCAGCAAUUAUUCAGAUGCUCGAUAUUGUGGCUCUUGCGGUAAUUAUAUAGAGCCCUUCACAAGAGUAAAAUCUAGUAACAGUGUGACCGUUAGUACUCAAGAAAUGGAUUCUCAUAAUGAGACUCAAUCGGCAUGGACACCAGCUUCCAUAUCAAAAUCGAAUAUGCCAACAAAGAAGGACAAAGGCACACAAACCAUUGGCUUAUUUUACCCAUCAAACAAACUUUUGGUGAAAAAAGAGAUGGAACAUGUUUUGCAAAAAGAAAGGCAGGAGAAAAUGAAUGAUCAUCGGCCUCCGAUCUCAGCCAUCAGCCCUGGAAAAGGAUAUUGGAGGAAACAGCUGGAUCACAUUUUUGCUCAUCUCAGAAGUUAUGCCCAGAACAACCCUAACUUCAGGAUAUUAAUUGGAGAACCAAAGAUGGGAAAGCUUCUCAUAGCUACAGUCCAUGAAGAUGGUUAUACAGUCAGUAUCAGGCUGAAUUUCAUGCAAAUCACAAAGAAUACUUCCGGCAACAAGCCAGUAAGUCACGACAGUCCUUUUCAAAGCACAGCAACAGAAAUUCUAAAUGGACAAUACAGUAGCCCAAUCUAUGCAGUCAAUGAAAACAACCAAAAGACCUCAAACUCUACAAAGGACAUAAAAAAUAAAAGGAAGAUAAGACCUUUUUCAGGAAAGGAAGACCUGCUUUCACCUGAAAAUAGACAGCUUCUGAAGGAAAUAAAAGAAGGAAGAAUCUUUGUGGUUGAACAAAUGCUUGAUGAAGGAGCUGAUCCCAACUGCACCAAUAAUGAAGAUAGACCUUCUUUAACUGUGGCUGUUUUAAAUAAACACCAUGAAGCAAUUCCAAUUCUUCUGCAGAAAGGUGCAGACAUCGACCACCAGUCAGGGCGGCUUGGAAACACAGCUCUUCAUGAAGCAUGUCUUCUGGGGCCAGAGGGAAAGGAAUGCAUAGCAGCCUUAUUGAGAUACAAUGCAAGUAUUCAAAAGAAAAAUAAAGAGGGACAGUCAGCAUAUGAUUUGGCUUUGAAGACUGGGGAUGAUCAGAUCAUCUCAUUGUUUGCUGCAAAACUCAGCCAAGGAAUCCUGGACCAACACACCCAACCUAAGGACGUCAGUCUAGGUGACAUUUGAUCCUGAGUUUCCUUACUCCUAAAUGCCUCUAUGUCUUUAUUUUUUUUUUAAUCUAAUACCAUAGUCUCAAUUUAUUUUUAAAUUUAAGGAUUGGGGAGGUUCAUUUUAGCUAGUUCAGAGUAUGUGAUUAUGAAAAUUAUUAAAUGAGAGUAGAAUUAGCAUACAAGACCUGUUUUUGUUUACUCCAUAUUUGUUAGAUACAUCUAGUACUUGGGCAGCUAGGUGGCUCAAUGGAUAGAUAAGAUAGAUGGACCCCGAGUCAGGAAGAUGACCCAUAUUCCUGAGUUCAAAUCUAGUCUGUGACAAUUUCUUGCUGCGUAACCUCAGGCAAGUCAUUUAACCCUGAUUGCCUCAAUUUUCUCAACUGUAAAAUGAGCUAGAAAAGCAAAUGGCAAACCACUCCAGUGUCUUUGCCAGGAAAAUUUCAGAGGGGGUCACAGAGUCAGACAUGAUUAACAAGGAAAUAACAUUUGCUUAUAAACUUCUGAAAUUUUUUUCUGUUAUGAUAAUUUCUGUAUAUAAUAUUUUUAUUUAAUCUUUGGUCCUAUAAAUCAAAUUUAAAUAAAUCAUUGUGCAAUGA